UCUGCUGCUGCUGCUGCUGCUGCCGCUGCUGCUUCUGCCGCCGCCGCCGCCGCCGCUUGUGUGGCUGCCUCAUUCUCCCGCGCGCUUCCCUCCUCGCUAGAUGGUGUGCGAGACACCCGAGACUAGACACGCUCCGGACGCGGGCAGCGAGAAGCGGCGAGGAGCGAGAGGAGGAGAGGCGGCGCGAGGAGCGGAGGGAGGCGGCAGAAGGCGAAGGCGAAGCCGGCACAGGCAGCAGCGGCGGCCGGACGAGAAGAGGCGAGAGGCGACUAGCCAGUCCGGGACGCUCUGCCGCUCGCCCGGGACCUGAGAAGAAGAAGAAGAAGGAGGAGAGGAGGCGGAGGAGGCGACGACGAUUUCCCGCCCGCGCGCGCGCGCCUUUUUUUCCUUGUCUUUUUCCUUCUGAGGGGAGACGAGCCCAGAGCCCGACGCCGAGCCGGAGCGCAGCGCAGCUUCUCCCUCCGAAGCAGGCAUGGACAUGAUGCCUCUGGUCCAGGGCGCUUGUUGCUCCAACCAGUGGCUGGCCGCGCUGCUGCUGAGCCUCUGCUGCCUGCUGCCCUCCUGCCUGCCCGCCGGGCAAAGUGUGGACUUCCCCGGGACGGCCGUGGACAACCUGGUGGUCAGGAAAGGCGAGACGGCGGUGCUGAGGUGUUACUUGGAAGAUGGAGCUUCAAAAGGUGCCUGGCUGAACCGAUCAAGUAUUAUAUUUGCAGGAGGAGACAAGUGGUCAGUAGAUCCUCGAGUUUCAAUUGCAACAGCAAACAAAAAGGAGUACAGCCUCCAGAUACAGAACGUGGAUGUCUCAGAUGAUGGUCCCUAUACUUGUUCGGUGCAGACUCAACACACGCCGAGGACAAUGCAGGUGUACUUAACAGUAAAAGUUUCUCCAAAGAUAAGUCAUAUCUCAAAUGACAUUGUGGUGAAUGAAGGAAGUAACGUCACGCUGGCCUGCUUGGCUACAGGGAAACCAGACCCUUCCAUUUCUUGGAGACAUAUCUCUCCAUCAGCCAAACCAUUUGAAAGUGGACAGUAUUUGGACAUCUAUGGAAUUACAAGAGACCAAGCUGGGGAAUAUGAAUGCAGUGCUGAAAACGACGUCUCAGUCCCAGAUGUGAAAAAAGUAAAAGUCACAGUAAACUUUGCCCCAACAAUUCAGGAAAUAAAAUCGAGUGGAGUGACGCUUGGAGGGAGUGGAUUCAUAAGAUGCGAAAGUGCGGGUGUUCCUUCCCCAGCUUUUGAAUGGUUCAGAGGUGAAAGGAAACUGAUCAAUGGACAACAAGGGAUUACUAUUAAAAGCUAUAGUUCAAGAUCAUUUUUAAAUUUCAACAAUGUGACGGAGGAUCAUUUUGGAAACUACACAUGUGUCGCUGCCAACAAACUAGGCACAACCAAUGCCAGCCUGCUUCUUAACCAAAUUAUUGAGCCUACUACUACUAGUCCUGUCUCAAGCCCAGCUCCAAGUACAACCCAGCUUGGGAUCACUGGGGGUGCUGAAGUUCUAUUAUCCUGCUGGUUCCUUGUGUUGACACUGUCCUCUUACACCAGCUUAAUGUACCUGAAGAACAUCGUUCUACAAUAAAUGUAAAGAACCAUGAAUGGCUUUUAAGGAUUCUUUGAAAGUGCUGAUGACUGGAUCCAAUCUGGUAGAGUUUGUUAAAAAGCGGCGUGGGAUAUAAUCAGCAGUGCUUAUGUGGGGAUGAUCGCCUUCUGUAGAAUUGCUCAUUAUGUAAAUACUUUAAUUCUACUCUCUUUUUUAUUAGCUGCAUUACCUUGUGAAGAAGUACACAUUGUCCUUUUUCUUCUUUUUUUUUAAAAAAAGACGUGAGAGCUCUGAAAUUACUUUUAGAGGAUAUUAAUUGUGAGUUCAUGUUUGUAAUCUAUAACUUUUCAAAAAAACAUUCAGUCAUGGUCUGCUGAUUUGCAGACUGUAGUUUACAUAAAAAGAACCCAAAUAUUGCAGUUUAAAAAAAUAUGUGAUCUUUAAGGCUGCAAUACAAACAUCCAUUUCCCUCUUUAAAUAAGAGUCUAUCUUCAUUUACACAGAAUUUUUUUUUACAAAAAAACUAAAUAAUAUUGCCUUUGAUUCAUUUCUUCAAAAUUAGAUCACAUACCUAGAUUUUCUUCUAGCAUGAUACUCAGAUUUCAAGAAUGAGCCUUGUGAUAUGACUGCACUGUGCAGUUAUGCUUUGAUUUUGAUUUUCUCGUCAGUUCAGCAUGGGUGUGCCUUCAUAAGAUACUGCUUUUCGCUUCCUCACCAACAAAUGGGAGGGGAAUGUUCAAUUUUAUUUUUUGUAGAUGCUUAGCUCAAGGGUACCGAAUCUUUUCUUAAGGACAAAAGGUGCUAUUGGCUGUAAAAUGAACCACCAUUGGGGUAAAGGAACUACUCCAAACAUUGAGCACAGCAGAAAAAGUAAUAGCUGGUACAUUUUUCAGUCUGUCAAGUUCAAAGCAUAUUCCAAACCUGUACAAAGCAGAAGAUAUCUCUCAGAGACUCCUUUGUGAAUGUAACAUUUCCUUUGUUCAUUCAAAGUCAGAAUUUUUAUAAGGCUGCAGAGAAAAUAAUCAUCCCUUUAUUUUAUUGUAUUUUUAUAAUUAGUGAUAAGUUCUACAUAUCAGUAUUGUUCUUCCUAUUGAAUUUAUACUGUACAGUAUCUGGUUGGUUGGUUUAUAGAACAUAGUGCUUAGGUCUGGAAAAUCUAUAGAAGGAUUAGAGUUUUGAUCAUACACACAUGUUCAUGCACACAAAUAACAACAAUAAUUUGAAUGCUACAUAAGACAGAUGAUAACAUAUCAGUGCCAUUUUUUCAAAAAAGCCAUCGAUUUGCAAAAAUAUACCAGUGUUUUCUCCCUUCACAAACAUUUGGUUGAAGAAUUUCCCCAAAUGCCUGUUGUGGCUCUAUUCCACAUGUCAGCCACAUCUCUACAUGUUGUAAAUGUUAUGUUAAACAUCAUUCAUGCUGCACAAUCUGCAAAGGCAUAUGGAUAUAACCUUUAAAAUGUCCUAUUUUGUCCUCAUUCAUAGUUUAUCUUACAUGCAACAUUAGAAACCAGAAUGAAUAUAUAUAUAUAUAUAUAUAUAUAUAUAUAUAUAUAUAUAUAUAUAUAUAUAUCAAAUGAUGCCUAUUACAUAUUUAUUUGCCAAAAUGUCAUUAGCAUCGUUCUCCUGUUAGAAUAACAACUGCAUUUUUCUCUUCUGAAAGGACUUCUAAUGCCCUGGUUCCUAUAAGUCCUGCUUCCAUGAAAGCUGACAUUGAAAAUAACCCCCACAUAGAACUUUAGUGAGAGAAACAUAGUUAGUAAAGGUUCAUCUUUGAAAACAGAAGAAAAAUAAGCAAUCUGAUAGCUGAUACUCUGUAUCCACUGAAUAUCCACUUCCAAUUUU